UUGAGCAGCAAGCGCACCAUGGUGACGUUCUGCAGACCACUGCCCCAACUGCCGCUGGCAGACGCCGGUCAUGACAGGGGACACGUAGACGAGAUGCUGACGAACCCCGAAAAGUCAUGGUCAUCAGCGGCGAACUCCAGCUCGUCGCGAUACAGAGGCCAUCUUGUGAAGAGAAGAGGCAGCGGAAGAGAAGGACGGCCACGACGUCGACGUGAUCUCCGAUGGUUGGAUCUGGUGAUUCCAUCUCAGGCAGGCCGUCUUCCCUUGAACCGCACACGUGGACUUUGAUGAGUUGGGAGUCGCCGCUCUUGGACCCGAUGAAGAGCAGCCCCUGCCAAGCGGGGGCCGCUGCGUCCCCCAUGCGAUCCGCAAGGGGCAGAAAGGCCAGGCCGUGGGAGCUCGGGACGCUGCCGGCACCCAGAACAGUAAAAAACAGGAAGAGAUGCCCGACGAUUUUGGACAGCGUGGACGUCACCCAGACUCUUCGAUGAGGCCUCUGAAGCACUCGGGGCUGCCGAACAUUCCGUCUUUCUCGGGAUCGACUGAGGAUCGAUUUUCCAUUUUUCUCGCUUCUGGCAAAUUCAUUUUGAGAUUUUAUCACACGAGUGUCUCCUCAGUGAGACCACACACACCUUCAGUGAAACAAGCGGGCAAAACAAAGAGAGAAAGGGGUGAAUGGACUCUACCUUUGAGCUCGCAACUUUUGGUUUCUGAAGAGAAGGCGUCAGGACAGCUCAUUGGCCAUCGCUGACAUCGCAGGUACGCAGAGCUGGUGCAUCCCUCCCGUGGACUAUCUACGUGUGGACGUUGACAGAGGGGCAUUUCCAUCCGGUAGGGCUCGGCAAGGGUGAGAGAAUCCAGCGUGGGAGGCCUCAGCGUGCGAACGAGGACAUGUGAGGGAUGCAGGAAGGACCAAUAGACACGCCCGACCACAGGAGGUGGACUGGCGGAGAGUGUAGCUAACCGACGACACGCGUAUCAGCUGAGGUGAGAUGGCGCCACUCAUCCAAUGUGUUGGCCGAUGAUGGAUUCCUUCGAAUGAAGGAAUGUAUGUAUGUGUUGCUGGUUGCAGGUUGCUUCACCCGCCGCUAUGGCGGCCUCUUCCUCUGAUGCUAAGCCUGGUGGUGGUCGUGCGAGUGAGAGCGAUGAGGAGCGACAGCGUCGGGCUGAGAGGGAAAUACGCUUCUGGGUGAAUGCACCGGUGAGCCAACCACACUCACAAGAGGAUACACACCCUGAGGGGUAUUCACAUCUCUUGCCGUCCCGUGUGUUGUGUGGGCUGUGUGCAGCCCGGUCUCAUUAGCAUCGUCAUGGCCUUCCUCCCCAUCAACCUGCUCAUCCAGCUGCAGCUGCCGCCCCUGAUGUGGCAACACGCGGCCCGCAAACAGCACCACCUCACCAUCAGCGCGGCCGACGACCACGAGCGGUCGUUCUGGCAGAGGAUCACCAUCGAUGUCGUCAAGGAAUGGGCCACACACCUCAGACAGCUUACCUCCAUGAUCCUCCGCCACCCCGUCCGCUUCCCUAUGUGGUGUUUCGACGUCUUUGUGGCCAUCAUCGAGGGCCACAUUGCCGGCCGACGGGCAGCCAACAUCCAAGGAGGGACACUGCAUACCAUCACCAUCAAAAAGGGGGUUCGGCUGACCGGCACGGCGAGGCAGAGCGUCGCACGCACAAAUCCGCCCCUCCCAGCCCCUCUCGACCCGUUCCCGACCCUCAACGCACUCGAGACCAUUGAGGGUCUGACCCGCGAGCAUCGACAGCUGGCCGACCGACACUGCCUGGUGCCCUCACUCGCCACCGUGCGGCAGGAGGGGUGGUGGGCUGACGGAUAUCUGUUGGGCCGACUCAUCACUUCGUCCCGCUCCCUGCGGUGCGUGGACGGCAGCCUUGACGGUGAGGGGUGGGCGGAUGUGUUAGAGCGCAUCCCUGCGGCACCGGCUGGGCAGCUGAAGGGGGGGCUACUCGCUCAGCUGGAGAGCAUCGGCACUAUCGUGGUCAAUGAUGCAGAACAUGACGAGGACGAUCUGGCGGGCAUCGAGCGGCUUCAGGUGAUCACAAAGGGCAAGACAGCAGCGCCCGUGGGUUGGCUCGUGAUGUCCUUCCUGCAUGUGUGUGUCUUCUUGUCUGCCUUCAGGAAGUGCUCGUUGCGCGUGGCUGCCGACGGUCGCUCAAGCAGCUGCACGUGGCGUUGUUUGCCGCAUGCAUCGACCGCCACAGCAUACCCAUACUGCUGGCCCUGGACCGGCUGGUCACCAGGUGCUGCCGGGCGGACGCCCCACUCACACUCACCACCGCCCUCGUCCGUUCCGGCUUCGACCUCUCCAUCUUCUGCGACAACAACUUCCCCUCCCACCCCUCGCCCUCACUCAAGACCAUGAUUCAGCAGCUGGCGCAGCAGGCCACGUCGGUGGCAUACACCUUCACCCAGGACGGCCUCACCGACCCGCACACCAGCCCCAGCCCAUCGGCCAUCGAGAUGGCCAAGACACUCUCAUUCGACAAGGCCACCGAGGUGGUCGUCGAGGAUGCCCCUGGCUUCCAUCUCCCCGCCACCACCCCACCGCCCCACCCCGCCAUCAUCACCCACAUGCAGCCGUUCCCCAAAGCCUCAGGGCUGGAGGUCUGGAGCAAGCUGAGCGGUGCAGCCGCCGCCCGGCUGUUUGCCAGCAAGAUGCCCAAGGAGCUGACGAGUGUGCACAUUGGAUUCAUGUCGGGUGGGGAGAGGUUGGGCGUGUUGACGGCGCUGGGGAGGGACAGGAAGGUGGGUACGGUGAAGAUGGGGGACAUCGGUGUCGACCAACUAGAGCAACUGCUGGUGGGGGCGGCCGACGGAUUGCCGACGAUUGGGAGACUAGACUUCGCGCUGACACGUACGCCGAGAGAAGGGUCGUGUGCCCGUCCAUCCUCAUUGCUGCCUUGUGUGUGUCCUUCUUUAGUGCCCGAUGGUGUGGAGGAUGCGGGCAGCUUCGUCCGCGCCCGCCUCUCAUCGGUGGUCCUCUGCAUCAGGGGCCUGCGGCAUGUGGAGCUGAGAGUCGACAGGACGACAAACGAGCAUCAUGGUUCCAUCGAGGCCUCCCUCGCUGUCGGCACCAACAUCGAGGCCACCAACAUCGGUGCCUUCACCAUCAAAAGCAUCAGACGUGUCAACUUUGGGGGCACAUGGGUGAAAAUAACUGCACCAUCCGAUGCCUGAAGGUAAUGGCACUUAUACACACGAAGGCCUGUGUGACCGUGUUCGUGUCUGCUCUCUCUCUCUCUCUGUGGGUGUGCGUGUGUGUUGGUGGUGGUGUCUGUCAGGCCGACCAUUGUGUGUGGUGGAUCAUUCAUAGCGGAGGGGCAGACACUUAUGUGCUGCAUAGCAUAGCUGCGGGCCGUGUGUAUGUGUGUGUGUGUGUGUGUGGACGAGUGACUAGGUAGCUGUGCAGAAUUGACGGAUGGGGGCUGAUUGAUGCUGCU